UUGCAAGACUGUUUAUCUUUGUUCGUGAAAAACCAAGGAAGGAAGGAAAGAAAGAAAGGAAGAAAGAAGUGUUUCGGCAACGAUGACUAACUACGGCACAAUCCCAACUUCCUCUUCACCUUCCACCAAUCUCGAGUUCAUCUCACGCGCCAAGCAGCGGGUCAAGGAGGGUCUCGCCACGCGCCGUCCAUGGAAGAUCAUGUUCAACUUCCGGUCCUUCGCCCUUCCGGCCGGUUUCUCCGACGCCGUGAGGCGCGUGCGGGAGAACGUCGGCUACUUCCAGAUGAACUACGCCAUCGUGGUGCUCAUCGUGCUCUUCCUCAGUCUCCUCUGGCAUCCAAUAUCGCUGAUCGUGUUCGUGGUGCUCCUGGCGGCGUGGGUCUUCCUAUACUUUCUCCGCGACGAGCCGCUCGUCGUCUUCGGCCGGAUGAUCAGCGACCGCGUCGUGCUCGUCGUCAUGGCGGUGCUGACCAUCGCCAUCCUCCUCCUUACCGGCGCUGUCUCCAACAUCCUACUGGCGCUCCUCAUCGGAGUCGUCUUGGUGGUGGCGCACGCCGCCUUCAGGAGAACCGAUGAUUUGUUCUACGACGAAGAAGAGGCGACUGCUCGCUUCGUUCCUCCUGCUCCUCAUCCCGGUGCUCCUCUUUCUUGAUCCCCAAUCUUCUCCUUCCGUUUCGUGUUUUUCUUUUCUCUGAAUUUUUUUAUUUCGUCAAUUCAGUAAAUAAUUUUAGGUUCCGUUCAGCUUCUUCCUUCUCUUUCAGUUUUAUGCUUUAUUUUUUGUUGCCAUUUUUGAAUGGGAAGUUUGGAAUUUGUGAGGCUAAAGAUGUUGAGUGCUAUGGAUGAACUGAAAUUCAUUGCUUACGUUUAA